AUGCAUGUAACCCGACACCUCUUGCUCGCACUCAUCCCCCUCAUCUGCUCGAUCCUCUUCUACCGCCAUUCACAGAUGAACAUUGCCGCCAAAAUGACCAUCAAUCAACAACGCACCAUCGCUGUCGUAGGCGGCUCCUACGUCGGCAUGAACCUCGCCAAGAACCUCCUCCCCUCGCUCCCCGCCUCGCACCGCGUCGUCGUGGUCGAAGCAAACUCGCACUUCAACCAUCUCUUCACCUUCCCUCGCUUCGCAGUGCUGCAUCGAGGUGGAGAGGAAAAGGCACUCAUCCCCUACACGCACGCUCUGGAUACCACGGGUGGUCAGGGCAAGAUUUUGCACGCCAAAGCGGUUUCCAUCCAUGCUAGCGACGAUGAUGAGGGUAGAGGCUGGUUGAAACUGGACCGAAGUACAGAGGAAGGUGACAGGCUCGAGUUUGACUACCUGGCCAUCGCGACGGGAACGCAGUUGCAACGACCCUGGUCUCUGCCUUCGAAGCAGCCGGAUGCAGCGAUUGCGAAACGCCAAGCGGUGGAGACGCUCCAAAGCUAUCAGGAUGCCGUCAAGCAGGCGCAGAAGAUCGUCAUUGUCGGAGGUGGAGCGGUUGGCGUCCAGGUGGCAUGCGAUAUCGCGGAACUCUACCCUGGCGAGAAAAGCAUCACGCUGCUGCACAGCAGGGAUCGAGUCAUGAACAAGUUCCACUCCGAUCUGCAUGACAUCGUCUCCCAGCGCUUCCAGCAACGCGGUGUUUCCACCAUCCUCGGCAGCAGAGUCGUGAUCCCUGCUUCGGGAAGCUUCCCCAACUUCGUACCCGGUCAAACAUUCAACGUGGAGCUUCAGAACGGCUCAUCCGUGCAAGCCGAUCUGGUGCUCAUGUGCACUGGACAAACACCCCGAUCCGACCUGCUCUCCACCUUCUCCCCGCAGUCUAUCAACAAGGACGGCUUCAUCAACGUCCACCCCACCCUCCAAAUCUCCUCCCCCACACCCCACCCUCUGCUGCACAACAUGUUCGCAUUGGGCGACAUCGCCGACUCGGGUGCAUCCAAAACCGUCCGCGCCGCCUUCGGUCAAAUCGAAAUCGUCAAAUCCAACAUCCUCUCGCUCAUCAAUAAAGAGGAAAAGCUCAAAGAGUUUGCUUCCGGCCCAUCGGGGAUUCAUCUCAGCUUGGGUCUGUACGAGAGCAUCAAGUUCGGUAACCCGGCUAAGGAAGGAGACAGGCCGAUGAACAAGGGUAUCGAGAGGGAUCUCAGUUUGGACAUGGGUAUCGAGGGCGUUUGGAGGAGGUGGAAUGUUCCAGAGGGUACGCCUUGGCAUCUGUAG